CUAGCUGGACUGCCGCACCAACCGAUGGCGUCACAGAAAAGUUCCACCACACCGGCCCUGGCGGUAACGAACCGUAUCCUGCGCUCGCCGUCGCACGAAAGUUUCUCCACCGAUCUGUCGCUUAUAUCGAUUUCUGUGUCGUCAAUGAAUUCGGAAGCCACCAGCGUACUGAACCGGUCCAGCUGCAGUUUGCUGAAUCGAACGAUGGAGGAGAAACUUGGCAGUCUGUUGAACCCUAAGGAUAGCAAAAGAAACCGCUCAUCGACACUGACCGAACGUUGGAACGAAAGUAACGAUCUCAUACGGAACUGUGCCACACUGUCGGCUGCCUUGGGUAUACACAAAAGCUUCAGCACUACCGACAUCUAUCAGCUGCCUUCCGAUCAGCACAAUCUCGGCCGGCUCUCGACAUCCGAGCUGGCGCUUACACCGUUCCAGAAGGUGGGCUAUCUAUUCGAUCAUUCCCGGUUGGAACAUGCAUCCCGUUCCUACUCGACCUGGGUUGCGGUGGGUGAGUUGGCAUCCACCUCCCAGCUACCAUCACCGCACGGUGGCCAAUCGUCCCAGGUGCCAACUCUAACUAGCACAGCCCCAACGCCUAGCUUCACCGUAACAGACCUUAUCAGCUCGGUGAACAAGAAAAUACGGCAGAACUACAUCCGGCGGCGACUGUUCACGACGUACCGUGCGCUGGAACGGCUAUCGCAAAGUGAGUUCAAUCUCGAUCGGCUGGAAGCGGCCGCCUUUGCUGCUACCAAUCCUGGCCCAACGGAACUGAUCGUACCGUCCACAAGUUUGUCGAACGCAUCCGCCUCACCGGUCGGUGGAAAGUCAACUAGCUCGCCGGCACCGAUUGGUGAGGUAGGUACGUUGCCGGAGCACGGAUCGGCGUUACCGUUGAAAAAAUCUAGCAGCACCAGCGGUAGUGCUGGCAGUAGUGCUCCAAGAACACAUCACGGUCCAAAAAAGCAUCUCACCUUUCACGACAUUGAGAACGAACGGGGAAAACCGCUGUCCAAGUACGAGCGUCACAUGCUUAUCUUUAACUGGCUGCACACCAUCGACGACACGGCACUGGAGAUCGAAAACUGAUCUCCACAGGAGGAUCUGCGCUCCGA